AUCGACACCAAAAUCUCAGCAUGCUAAAGAGGAGCAACAGACAGACCGGGCAGCAGCAGGUCAGUCACUUUGAACCACGCAGCCGCGAGAUAUAUAUAUAUAUAUAUAUAGAGAGAGAGAGAGAGGGCAAGAGAAUGCAGGCAGCAAGCAGCCAGAGCCAGACGACCGAUCGAUCGCGUUGCUUCCCCUCUGUUUGUGUGUCAGGUGGUGGUGGAUCGGCCGUGCUUGGAUGGACAAAGCCUUGACGCGGCUGCUUCAUUCACUCUUUCUAGCCAAGCAGACAAGGAAGCACGCCCCUGUCCUCUGUCGUUCUCAUCCAAGGAGGCGAGGAGUGACUCAACCAACGAUCGACAUCGAUCUCGCAGCAGAGUCAAUGCGGCCUAAUUGAUUCCGAGAGACGAGUGAUUGAGAAGCAGCAGCCGAGCGAAAGGCGGUGACGAACGUACGGUGAAUCACAUACAUACGUCGAAUCAAUCAAUCACUACAUACACAAUGCACACACAUACAUGCGUACACACAUGAAUACGUACACCACACAUCCGUACCCACACACAUACGUACAUACAUACAUACGUACCAUGGUAUACAUAAUACGUAUACGUGCAUCCAUGUGUCUGUGUCCUCGUACGUGUAUGAUCGAUCGAUGUGUAUUUGCUUCUUGCCUUUCAGGCCCAGCCUUCCUUCAACCGCCACGUGUGUCGACACUGAUGGAUGCCCUUCCCUUCCACCAUUGACAGACAGACAGACAGACAGACACAGGUGAGAAGAAACGCAAACACAGUCAAACGCGAUCCACACAUGCACCUCUCUCUCUGUCUCUCUCUCUGUGUGUGUGUCUCCGCUUUGUCACCCAGCAAGGGAGCGCGACGGGCGGCCGGACCGUUCCAAGUCGGCAUGAUUGCGUUGUGGCCAUCAUUUCAUUGAGGACACACACAGUUGGCUUGAAAUAUAUCUGGGACUUACUGACACAAGACACACCACACUGACAGACACACAAGCAAGCAAGCAAGCAAGCAGCGAGAUAGGGGACGGACAAGGUGUCAGUCGGUGGUCUGGCUCGCGCACACGUCAUAUCCAUGUGCAUGCGCUUCAAUGUGCGCUCAUUCUGCUUCUCUGUCUGUCUGUCUGUCUUUCUUUCUUUCUGUCUGGCUGUCUGUCUGUCUGUCUUUCUCUGCAGCGACCGUGACUGAGCAAGGCGUGUACACCAAGACCCAUCACACCGACCACCCCUCUGGAGCGUCAUCCCAGGCCGAUGUGGUGGUGCGGAGGCAUGCUAGUGUGUCCGCGGAUGGAUGGAUGGACGGAUGGCAGUAUUCGACUGAGUGGCCUGCCUGGCUGCAGACUUAGUUUGGGGGAGGGGAUGGCUGCGUGGGCUGGUUUGAAUCGAAUUAUGUGUGUGAUGUGUGUGGUGCAUGGCAUGAGUGGAUUGCUCUGACGGCAGCGUCUGUGUUGAUCCAUCUGCUGUGGUGCUUGAGGGAGACCUCUUAUCUCCUCCUCCUCAG